AUUAAUUACUAAUUAGAGAAAGAAAAAUUAAGCAUUUAGAAUCCUCAUUCUCUCGGCAACCAAACAAACAAACAAGCAAACAGACUUGCUAAUGUAACUGUCAGUAAUCCGCGAUUCCUUUGGCGCCCAAAUCAUCUAUCCCCCUUCUAUAUAAACACAAAACUCCAAACGAUGCCUCUUCUCCUCCUCCUCCUACUCUGAUAACAACAAUGGAAUCAUCAACCUCUCAGUCCUCAAAAAGGCCACCAUUCAAAAUCCUAAAUUCUCUCUCCCUUUACCAAACCUCACUCUCUUCACUUUCCCUUUCCCUCCCAAGUCAAUUCCCUCCUCUCCCUCCCUCUCUCCCUCUCUCCAAACACAUCCCUAAAACCCGCUUUUUAAUCGAUGCAUUUCGCUUCUCCACUGCCGCCGCCGCCUACUUCCUCACUCAUUUCCACUCCGAUCACUACUCAGGUCUCUCCUCUAAUUGGUCCCAAGGUAUGAUCUUUUGUUCCCAGAUAACCGCCAAUCUUGUCACUCGUAUCCUUAAUGUUCCCUCUCAGUUUGUUUAUCCAUUGCCUUUGAAUGAUACUGUGAUUAUUGAUGGUUCUGAAAUUACUUUAAUUGAUGCUAAUCACUGCCCUGGCGCGGUACAGCUGUUGUUUAAAGUUAGGAGUUCUGGUACUUUUGAAAUGUAUGUUCAUACUGGUGAUUUUAGAUAUUCUAGGGAAAUGAAAGAAGUUGGGAUUCUACGCGACUUUGUUGGUUGUGACGCCGUUUUUCUGGAUACUACUUAUUGUAAUCCUAAAUUUGUUUUUCCUAAACAACAAGAGUCUAUUGAUUAUGUUGUUAGUGUUAUUGAGAGAAUUGGAGGUGACUUUCAAGCAAUGAGUAAGAGAGUGUUGUUUCUUGUUGCAACUUAUGUGGUUGGAAAGGAGAGGAUUUUGAUUGAGAUUGCUAAGAGGUGUAGAAGGAAGGUUCAUGUUGAUAGGAGGAAAAUGGAGGUCUUGAGGGUUUUGGGAUAUGGGGAAAGUGGGGUGUUUACUGAGGAUGAGGGUCAGAGUGAUGUUCAUGUUGUUGGUUGGAAUGUGUUGGGAGAGACUUGGCCAUAUUUCCGGCCAAACUUUGCUAAUAUGAAGGAGAUUAUGGUGGAAAGAGGGUAUUCAAGGAUUGUGGGGUUUGUGCCUACUGGGUGGACUUAUGAAGUGAAGCAUAAUAAGUUCUCAGUGAGAUCAAAGGAUUCAUUUGAGAUCCAUCUUGUGCCAUAUAGUGAGCAUUCAAAUUAUGAUGAGCUCAGAGAGUAUGUGAAGUUCCUGAGACCUAAGCGCGUUAUUCCUACAGUUGGUGUGGAUAUUGAAAAUCUUGACAGUAAACAUGCUGUCAAAAUGCAGAAACAUUUUGCUGGUUUGGUUGAUGAAAUGGCUAACAAGAAACAGUUUUUGAUGGUUUUUCAUCGUGAAUCCUCUGAGAGUGAUGAAAAGGUUGAAAUGGAUGACGUCCCUGACUUGAAUAAGGGCCUGGUCCAGGAGAAAAAGGAUCCAAGUGUUGUUUUGAACUCCUCAUCUACCCUGCAAGAACCUGGUUCCCAAAAUUUAACCACGAUAAAUGAUGAGGAAACUGAGAAAAUGAUGCAAGAACUUAGUGACUGUUUGCCUUCUUGGGUUACACGAGACCAAAUGUUACAUUUGAUUGGUAGCUCAAGAGGAAGUUUGGUUGAUGCAGUUUCUAAUUUUCAUGAGCAUGAAACGGAAUUUCAUCAACAAGUCUUUGCUUGUGGGACGGCCAUCUCUUCAUCUCAGACAGGUUCAAUCCAUGAAUCUGAAUCACAUUCAAAACCAAUUUUAAUUAAGAGGAGUCAAGAGAGUUUAAGUACUCCUUCAAGUCAAAACUAUAAGUCAUCAAAAUCAAAUGUAAAACCUUCAAUCAAGAGCGGCAUGUCCCCUGGGAAAAAGAAGAGGAUUGCUGAAAUUAUGCCUAGCAAGAAAGUAAAAACUAAGUCGAAACUUGAAUCUGGUGGGCGGAAGCAGCCUACCAUUACAAGUUUCUUCAGUAAACUUGUGCCUGAUGUUUCUCAGGGUAAUAUGGUUAAGUUGAAUCCUGAGAAAUGUCCUGUAGAUGAAAACCCAUUGCCAAAUGAUGAUACACAAUCAUACACCAAGGAGAUUGAUCAGUUUAUUCGGAUAAUUGAUGGCAACGAGGCAUCAAGAGGCUAUGCUGCCACCAUCCUUGAGAGGACAAAAGGAGAUAUAAAUAAGGCUCUGGAUAUGCAUUAUGGUAAUCCAGAGGGUAAUUCUGGUGAGGGCAUAGAGAGAUUGGUAGCAUCAGGCGAUUUGGUUGAGCCCCAGUAUCAUACUAAUGAGUGCUCUUCUUCCCAGGAUAAAACUAAGUUAGUGGAGGAGGAACAUAUGGUUGAUCUGUCUAUGCAGAGAUCAUUGACACAAAAUUUGGCCUUAGCUCAUGUUGCACUGCCAACAGAAGAGUACAAUCCUAUACAGCAUGCAUGCUGGAGGGUUGGAGAGUCUGCUCCAUAUAUCCAUCUUGCUAGGACGUUUGACCUGGUUGAGGCUGAAAAGGGAAAGAUUAAAGCUACUUCUAUAAUGUGCAAUAUGUUUAGAAGUUUGCUAGCCUUGUCUCCUGAGGAUGUGCUACCUGCUGUGUAUCUGUGCACAAACAAGAUCGCUGCUGAUCAUGAAAAUAUAGAGCUAAAUAUCGGUGGAAGCUUGGUCACAUCAGCAAUAGAAGAGGCAUGUGGGACAAAUCGGUCUAAAAUAAGGGACAUGUACAAUAGUUUGGGAGAUCUUGGUGAUGUUGCUCAAGUAUUCCGACAAACGCAGACGUUACUUGCCCCUCCUCCUCACCUUCUUGUUAAAGAUGUAUUUUGUGUGCUCCGGAAGAUAAGUGUGCAGACAGGCGCUGGAAGCACCGUUCGAAAGAAGAGCCUCAUUGUAAAUCUUAUGCGAUCGUGUAGGGAAAAGGAGAUGAAGUUUAUUGUUAGAACAUUGGUGAGGAAUCUACGAAUUGGAGCAGUGAUGAAAACGGUUCUACCUGCACUGGCCCAAGCAGUUGCUAUGCAUUCCUUGGUCAAAUCUUCUGAACAGAAAGCUGAAAGUUUGAAGGAGAAACUUCAGUACCUUUCUGCAGCAGUUAUUGAAGCUUAUAACAUACUUCCAAAUUUGGAUUUGCUCAUUCCUUCACUCAUAAGUAAAGGCAUUGAUUUUUCGUCGUCAAGUUUGUCAAUGGUGCCAGGAGUACCUAUUAAACCCAUGCUUGCAAAAAUUACAAAUGGAGUUUCUCAAGUGCUGAAACUCUUCCAGGAUAAAGCUUUUACAUGUGAAUACAAAUAUGAUGGUCAAAGGGCCCAAAUUCACAAAUUACCAAAUGGCAGUAUUCGUGUCUUUUCAAGGAAUGGGGAUGAAACAACAUCAAGAUUUCCUGAUUUGAUCAAUAUAAUUGAGGAAUCUUGUAAACCUACUGCAGUGACUUUUAUAGUGGAUGCUGAGGUAGUUGCAGUUGAUAGAAAAAAUGGUCACAAGCUCAUGGCCUUCCAAGAACUAUCUUCAAGGGAAAGAGGGAGCAAAGAUUCAUCUAUCACACUGAAUAAAAUAAAGGUCCAGAUCUGCGUGUUUGUCUUUGAUGUCAUGUUUGCUAAUGGAGAACAGCUGUUGGAGCUUCCUCUCCGGCAGAGAAGGAAAUACCUGAAGGAUUUGUUUGGUGAUGAGAGGAAGGGUUAUUUUGAAUAUGCAAAGGAAACAACGGUUGAAGCAUGUGAUGCUUCUUUAACCAAUGACAUAACAGAGACCAAGAUAAACUCUUUCCUUGAAAAUGCAUUGCGCUCUUCAUGUGAAGGAAUUAUGGUGAAAACUUUAGAUGAUCAUGCAGAAUAUUCACCAUCAAAACGUACUGACACAUGGCUAAAGGUCAAGCGAGAUUAUGUGGAAGAAUUGAAUGAUUCUCUUGAUUUAGUUCCUAUUGGUGCUUGGCAUGGAAAUGGGAGAAAAGCAGGAUGGUAUAGUCCAUUCCUCAUGGCAUGUUACAACCCUGAGACUGAGGAAUUCCAAAGUGUGUGCCGUGUCAUGUCUGGGUUCUCAGAUGCAUUUUACACUGAGAUGAAAGAAUAUUUUUCUGGAGAUCGAAUCUUGUUAAAAAAGCCACACUACUAUCGAACUGCUGAGGUCCCGGACAAGUGGUUUUCUCCAGAAGUCGUUUGGGAAAUACGCGGUGCAGAAUUUACAGUCUCACCAGUUCAUCAGGCUGCUGUAGGUUUAGUUCAUCCAUCCCGUGGCAUCUCAAUGAGAUUUCCAAGAUUUAUCCGCUCUGUGACAGAUAGAAAUGCAGAAGAAUGUAGUACAGCUGAAGACAUUGCAGACAUGUUCAAUUCUCAAACACGGAAGAUGGAUAUAAUAGCUACAAAUUAAACUCGCUCUUUGUAAUUUUGCAAAUAAGCCAUUUUUGUAGUAUCAAGGUUUUUGUAUAGUAAGUGUGGAAAAAGAAAGAGAAAAAGAAAAGAAAAAAGGAUGUUCUAGGUUCUUAAUGUAGAGAGGAAUACUGGGUCAGAUACCAACUUCUUGCAUCUUGUUGGAGCUGUGUAAUGAUGCAACCCAGAGCAAGGUGCUCUACAUUAAAUUUUUGAAGUCAAUGAAAUGUACCAAGUUUUUUUGCA